UGGUGUUUACACGGAAUUUUAGCGUGCAGUCGUUAGAUGUAUAAUUUUCAAAACAAAGAAAAAUGAGUGUUAAUUUUAUUUUUAAAUAUUAAAAUAAUCUAUCAAAUAAAUUUGAUUUUUGCUGUAGCAAAGCGUUGUAAUUUAACUAUAACCAUACGAAUAUUAAUUGUAAAUAUGGCUGAUAUGGAAACUGGUCCAACGAAUAAUGAGGAAAAAAACAUGUCAAAACAGCAUUCUCACCAAGUGAUACAGAAGGAGAUAAAACAGAUCUGAAAAUGUCUGGUAAUGAAAAAAGUGUUAUGGAGAAUGAAAAUGAAGAAAAAAUGGACUGUGAAGAGCAAACAGAGUCAAGAAAGUAUGAAAAUAAUGUAAAAGGUGACAUAUCUUCUCAAAAAGAGCAAGAGUCUAAAGAACAGUCUCAAAAUAAGGCAAAUGAAAUUCCUUCUGAUGUCAGCAAAAAUGCCCCAGAAAAUUUUCAGAUUAUGCAGAAUAACAAAGAGUCAAGAAUGCCAAAACAGAAGGAAAGAAAAGAAUCAAAAGAAGAUCGUAUUCGUUCAAAUGGGAAUGAAGAAAGUCAAUGUUCUGUUGAUGAACCAUCAUCUGAUACUCAAAACUGUUAUUGUGGACGAGAAAGAAACUUAAACAUUGUUGAACUGCAGUGUGGAGGUUGCUCUAAAUGGUUUCAUGAGAACUGCAUCAGCAUCCCACUUGGAAAAUGUGUUCCUUUUAUGACAUACUAUUCAUUUUACUGCAAACAUUGUAACUCAUCCGGAGUGGAAACAUUUUCAAAGAAGCAACCUAAUUUUAGUCAAAUGUGUGGAACAGCUUUAGCAAAUUUGAUGCAACAGUGUUUAUCUGAUGGCCAGCCACGCAAAAUGUUCUCAAAAGAUAAAGAAGUGAUACCAUAUAUUGUGGCAAACUGGGAAUAUCUGACACCAAUGCAAAGGAGAAUAAAGCAGACUUGGCACAAUACUGUUCAUAAAGCUAUGGUUAAAGAUUCUGAUAUUUUCCUGUGUGAAGAAAAGAGUUAUGAUAAUGGGUCUGGUACUAUGUUUUUUGGACUUGUUAAUCAAGAUUUAACAAAAAUUGGCCCAUCAUAUGAAAAUAUGAACAGAGGUCCUCAAAAAUUGAAUAUAGAUUCAUCCUCUUCUCAGGGUGGAUCAGCUUUUGGCAGCAAAGGACGUAGCAGUAAAAGGAAAUUUUUCGACAGUCAAAUGUCCGGCACUGGAAAAAAAGUAAAAAGUGAUUUAGUUAUGCCCAAGCUACCACCUAAUGGUUACCCUCUAGAACAUCCAUUUAAUAAAGAUGGCUACAGAUAUAUUCUUGCUGAACCUGAUCCCCAUGCUCCAUUUCGUCAGGAGUUUGAUGAAAGUCAAGAUUGGGCUGGCAAACCUAUUCCAGGAUGGCUAUAUAGGAAGCUUACGCCUAGUAAUGUUUUAAUAGCUUUACAUGACAGAGCUCCUCAACUUAAGGUAUCGGAGGAUAGGUUGUCAGUUACUGGUGAAAAAGGAUACUGCAUGGCUCGAGCCACACAUGGAGUAAAUAGAGGCACUUGGUAUUUUGAAUGCACUAUAGAGGACAUGCCAGAUGGAGCUGCUACACGUCUUGGUUGGUCCCAACCUUUAGCUAAUCUUCAAGGACCUUUAGGAUAUGAUAAAUUCAGCUAUUCAUGGCGCUCCCGUAAAGGCACAAAGUUUCAUGAAAGCAGGGGUUAUCAUUAUAGUGAUGAAGGCUAUGGACAAGGUGAUACUCUUGGAUUUCUUAUUCAUCUUCCUGAAACUGACAACUUAGUACCACUGCCUCCAAUAUACAAAGAUAAACCCCUUGUGAAAUUCAAAAGUUACUUAUAUUAUGAAGAAAAAGAUGAAGUACAGUUGGAACUAAAAAACAUGAAACCUCUACCUGGAAGCAAGAUAAUAUUUUACAAGAAUGGAAAAAAUUUAAGUCCUGCCUUUGAAGAUAUCAAUGCUGGGACAUAUUAUCCUGCUGUGUCUUUGUAUAAAAGUGUUACUGUUUCUUUAAAUUUUGGACCAGUAUUUAAACAUCCACCAGAAAUAAAGCACAAACCUAUUUGUGACUUAGCUCAUGAAGCGACCAUUGAACAAGCUAUGACAGAUCUGUUAUUUUUUACAGAAAACAAAGGGAAAUUAAGAUUGGACACACUAUAAAUUUUGUAUAUAUUUUUUUUUAAUUUUAUAUAUGUAAAAUUUCUCAUUUCCAAAAAAAUAAAUUAUACAUGUAAAAUCUUAAAA